CGCCACCAGAUGGUGCACACUGGGGAACGGCCCUAUGAGUGCGGGGAAUGUGGGAAGAGCUUCAGAGACACCUCUGACCUGAUCCGCCACCAGACAGUCCAUACUGGGGAACGGCCCUAUGAGUGUGGGGAAUGUGGACAGGGAUUCACCAUCAGCUCCCACCUGAUCGCCCACCAGAGGAUUCACACCGGGGAACGGCCCUAUGAGUGUGGGGAAUGUGGGAAGAACUUCAGGAUCAGGUCCAGUUUGAUCCACCACCAGAGGAUCCACACUGAUGAACGGCCCUAUAAAUGUGAAGAAUGUGGGAAAGGUUUCAGGAAGGGCUGCCACCUGUACCGCCACCAGAUGAUCCACACUGGGAUACGACCCUAUGUGUGUGGGGAAUGUGGGAAGGGCUUCCGUGACAGCUCUGGCCUGAUCAUCCACCAGACAAUGCACACUGGGGAAUGCCCCUACACAUGCUCAGAAUGUGGGAAGAGCUUUAGCCAGAAUUCCUUCCUGAUUGCCCACCAGAGGAUCCACACUGGGGAGAGGCCCUACAAGUGCUCAGAAUGUGGGAAAAGCUUUACCCAGAGGUCCGGCCUGAUUGCCCACCAGAGGAUCCACACUGGGGAGAAGCACUAUGAGUGUCCUGAGUGUGGGGAGAGGUUUCAGAGCAGAUACCGUCUCCUCAAGCAUCAGCAGAUUCACACAGAAUAGAGGCCCUUCCGCUGCCCCGACUGCGGGAAGGGCUUUAAGAAAAACUCCACCCUCGUCACCCACCAGCGGAUCCACACUGGGGAGAGGCCCUAACAGAGUCCCAAGUGUGGGAAGAGCUUCUCCCAGAACGCUGCCGUGACCCAACACCAAGGGAGGCAGCAGUAAGGGAAGCCCUACAAGUGCCCCGUGUGCGGGAAGAGCUUUGAGCGCUGCUCCAACUCCAUCCCUCACUGGAGGACCCCCAUUGGAUGGUCCACAGUGACCCUCGUUGGGCAGAGACUUGGUGAUCCAUGGUCCUGGUGAUCCAUGUUAGAAAGACCCCUAGCUGGUGGUCUCCACAUCUUCCUGGCUCCCACUGGGCACCUGGAUGCAAGAGGAGCUCAAGGAGACCUGGCCAUGGACAGUGACAUGGGGCCAUGGACAUGGAAGGAGACAUGGGCAACAUGGGCAUGGGUGGGGACGUGGAGAGCCAUGAAUGGGGAUAUGGUGGGGACACU